AUGAAUAUGGCGCUCUUUGACUUCAUAGUGGAGUUGAUCGGAGGGUGGAGCAUUCCCAUCUUCUCGGCACUUCUUCUCGUCGGCAUCGUCACCGCAUGCAUCCUCCUCGAUAAGUAGCUGCAGCGGCAGGACCGACAGCAAGAUCAGCAGCAUCAGCGGACGACCCACCGCAUCUCAUCCCCAGCAGACCGACAGAGGCGGGCCGAUCUCCUUGAGCGGGCCGCACAGAAGAGAAGUACAUCUUCAGCCGCCACGCAUGUCACGUCUGAGGAUGACACACGCCGCCGCCCGCACGUCAGCGCCACAGCAGCAUCUGUGCCCUCAGCAAACACGUCUGCACUGCGGCACCGGUGCACCGAAACCGACACACGUGGGGCGGCUGCGAGCGCACCCAAGACCACACCAAGCACAGCUGCAGCAGCGGCUUCUACUCCGAGCAGCGAGGUGCCUCGAGAGCAGCGUGAGGACAGCUAUGUGGAGACCGUGGUGUUCAGGCCGCUGAUGCUCAAAUAUGACGGCGGUGGGCUGCGGCAGUUCGAUGAGCAGCUGGUGGAUUAUCUCCAUGCGAAACACCUGGCGAGAACGGUAGGGAGGGAAGGAGUGAGGGAGAUGUUCGGCAAAGGUAUGUAUCGUAUUGUUGCGUGCAGAAUAUGCCGGAGCAGUUUCGUGCCUACGUGAAGGCCUACACGACCAUACACGAUGCAGCCGAACGGUAAGUAACGGGCACACACGCGCGCGCUCAGACACACACCCAAACACACAGCAGAUCUGCUUCUCCGUCGAUGUCGUCAGGCAUCGGAGGUUGGUGUGGCUGAGGCCCAAGAUCGACGCUUUUGAGGACCUCAUGAUCACUCGCGCCGUGCAGACCCUCGCUGCCUGCAGAGACCCUCCUCUCGUCAUGAUCCUCGCGCUGCGUGACAACGCCAUCACCCCCACCACAUACGAGCGGCUGAUGGCUGCACUUGCCGCCUCCAACACACCCAUCCGUCCGCAGGGAGGUGCUGCCAGCGGUCAGGCUCCUUUGGAGCAUAGCGCCAUGCUCCUUCACAUCCUCAACAAGUUCUCUUGGGAAGUGGUCAACUACAUCGUGAGUGAGAGGUGGAAGGGAUGCGCAGAGAGGGGGGUGAGAGGUGAGAGCUGUGGUGUGUACUAUGUGCGCCAUCAGAGCCACUCGCAUCUGGGGCGGAUGGCGAGAACGGAAGACUGGAUCGUGCCGAGUGAGUGCCCGUCGCAUCGGCUGCUCAAGGACGCCUACCGCAAAGGCGGCGCUUCGUCAGCACUCGCAGAUGUCGACUGCUUCAUGCCACCGGACAACUGCCCAUACAGCGUCGGAGAUCCCCUCUCGCGAGUCACGCCAUUCCAGUCACACACCAUCCUCGGUAGCUCUUAAGCACACACACACACACACACACGGGGUGCCCACCUCUGUCUGUGUGGAUGCUGUCAGGGGCUUUGUUGUCUGCGAGCGUCCUCAACAGCGCCCCCGGAGCGAUCCGGGUCUUCACGGCGGCGGCCGAGAACCUCGGCGGCCCCACGGUGCAGCAGGUGCACCUCGAUGAGUGUCGGCGCGCUGUGGAGAGGGUGCACGAGCAGGAGAUAGUCAUCCGUCGGUUCGCUCCAGGGCUCGGUCGGUUCCGCUCGUUAGAUCAUAUCAAUGAGUGAGUGGGGAAAGACAUACACAUACACAUACACACACACACACAUCUUUGUCUUUUGGUCUCAUUAGGUGUGUGGAGAGCACAUUUCGGCAGGUGGAGUCGGUCCUGGUGUGCUUCAUCCGCCCUUUGUGGCGCUCGCGUCGCACACAGACGGCAGAGGCAUCCCCAGAGCAGUCGAGCGGCUCCGCAUCGCCAAAACAGGCCCUCCUGGCCUGGGCUGAAGUAGGACGCAUUCACACACGGCAGAGUGGGUGCGUUUGACGCAUGGACCAUGUUUUGGUAUGGUGUGUUUCGUCUGUCAGGGCAUUGUGAACGCGACUCCGGUCGGCGCGACGUCAGGGUGUCUCAUCAAUGUAAUGUGCUGCCUGGGCGGUCUGCUGGAGGACGAGAUCAGCAGGGCCGGCGGCAUCGACUCGGUCGUCGAACGCAUCGACCCCCUCUACUGCGCCCGAACGAACGGCAGACUCGGGUACACACGACUGUGGACAGAGACAGGCAAGGAGCAGUGGACACAGUGUAGUGUGUCGCUGGUGCCUUGCAGGGCUUCGAUGGGUCGUGACGUGUUGCGUCUCGGCGACACCGUCUCAUACACACAGCAGAGGGUCAACAAGGACACUCGAGCCACCACGGCAGCAAUGCGCGUGCUGUCCGUGAUCGACAAGCAGCGGCCAGAAGCAGCCGCCCCCUCACCCCUGACGGAGCUGUUCUUCCUGGCUCUAAGGGCGCUGCAGGCGGGGUACCUUACUGCUUGGUCUGACCAGGCCGCGACGGUUCGUGUGCUCCAUGUGGAGCAGCAAGUAGCUCCCAACGGCGGAGGCCUAUCAGGGUGAGCCAGCACGCGGACACAAGACACACACCAAAAUGAGAAAAUGGGUGUGUUUGUUCAGGAGUGCUAUGCGUGUCUUCAACUUGCUGGGUGUGUAUGCCCACGUGUUGGGAGCGCCGUAUCUGCUGCAGAAAGCGUCCGUUGUGGUCAAUCUCAGCAUGGCACUCAUCCUGCAGACGGCAUACACCAACGUAAGCCACCCACCUGCACACACAGACACACACACGAGAGCUCGAGCCCACAUGUUGUCUUCUAUCCAUCCAUUCAUCCAUCCAUCCAUCAGGUGUCAGACCAGCUGCCCUUCCGGCGCGUCAUAUCCCCACCACCGUCCGCAGACAGCCCAGCCCCAGCCCCCACCCACCGCCCCCGUCUUGACGACACAUCCACACCGCUGCCCCCUCCCUGCCCCCAAAUGCCUAUGCUCUACGACGCACUCGCAACACAGCUGACCGCAUCCGAAGACAUCCAGCAAGAAGAGAUGGCGGUCAUCGAUGAGAGCCUGCAGUUGCUGAUGGACGAGGACGUGCAGAAGCGUGGGCCGCUGGAGCUGCAGCUGCUGCCGGUGUGGAUGGUUCACGACACCCUGGUGGCCAUUCGGCUCAUUUUGGCGGAGCCGGGACAGGGCCAUGCGCAGAGCACCGCCACGGCACGGUUGGACCGGUGUCUGGCGCUGGAUAUGAUAGCAGUGGUGGUCGGGUCGCCUGAGGUGUUUUCCAAAGGAGCCGUGCAGAUGCAGGCACUGGUCAGCUCAGCAACACACACACACACACUAAGGAAGAGAGAGGAUUCACCUCUGUGUAAAAUGCGUUUCGCCUUAAAUCAGCUCGCCCUCGAUGCAACUUGGGGCGCCGAAGCAUUCUCUUGGCGCCUGGUGCCCGUGCUGCUUCGCCUUUUCUCGAUGACAGAUGGGCUAGAGUGGGACGACAGCCCUCCCAGCCAUGGCAUGCUGCAGAGCAUGGUCCGCGAGAAACUCUUUCGGGUAGGCACAGGCUACAGGCAACACCACCUCAGACCUCAGUCACCGACCUUUCAUGGCCUGUGACUCUCGAUCUCUCCAUCAGGUGGUGCGCGAGAUGCCCAAGUGUCGUGUGGGUCUGCGUGUUGCCGCGGAGGCCUACGGCGACGUCUUCCGCAUCUUCCUGGCAACGGUGCUGCACGCCGCGUACUCCCAACUCUUCUGGGGCCUGUAUGGUCUUGCCGAAGUGCGACGGUACCCAGUCAGCAACAAGCUGUCUCUGUAUGGGUAGACGUUUGUCAUUCUCUAUGGCUUUCCUCUAUGCGGCAGCAUGGAGGAGGAGCACCCCGACAUGGUCCAGGAUGUCGCUGAUCUGGUCGGCCAGCUCGACGAACAAGACGGAGACCGACUUAGCUUACUGCCGGUAAGCCAGCUACUUCUUGCUGCGGGCCAGCCUGGCCUGAAAGAGCGCUGUCUUUGGCUGAUGCAGAAUGGCGUCCUCCUCCUGGGCCAUGUAGCUGAGGUGGUGUGCGGCGACCCCAUGGCGACGGCCGUCAUGCUGCGUGACUCGACGCCCAUUGCUGGCAUGGCCGGCCACCAGACCACACUGCUUGACCUGAUGGUACGGCGAGAACAGAGGGAGGGCGAGGUAACACACACCACGCGCAAUGAGCCCCUUGUGGUUCAGACGGGCUUGCUCAACCUUACUCUAUCGCGGCUGGCGGGCCCACAAUCGCUCCAGCUCAAGGUGAGACUGUCUGUGCAGUGCAAGCCACCGAACGAACAGACGCAUCCAUCUGAGAUGCCCCCCCAUUGUAGGUGUCGAACCCGCGUGUAUACGGUUUCUUCAAGUGCGAGAUGCUGCAGUGGGCCAUCGACAUGUGCGGCAUGAUCCACGACGCAUGCACGGCCGGGGUGUGCCGGACCCAGGACGGCGGGGAGCGACCCACACUGGCGGCACACACACUGCUAGAGAAGGUGAGUGAGGGUCGGUGGCAGCCUGGAACUCACUGCCGAGCCCGAACGUGUGUGUCUGCCUGUGUGUGUGCGGUUUGAGCGUUGCAGAUAUCUUCGCAAGAGAAUGCGGACUUCAGAAUCGACUCGUACGAGAAAGCAGGUCAGCCGAAAGCUGCCUGCAACGGCAGCAAUCACACUGCACACACUCAUCUAGAUAGAUGGCCUCCGUGUGUGUGCGCGGUCUGAUCCAUCACAUCAGUUCGUAUUGUUUACCGCCAGAACAUCUCGACGGCCGAUCGGAGGGCCAAAUUCAAAGCCAUGGUGAGAGGAGAGGUGGACGCGUGCGUGUGAGGGAGUGUCGACAAGUUGUGCUUCGGUCUUUUUUCUUUCUGUAUGUGUCUGUGUGCGCAGUUUGAGUGUCUGUCGCGCCACCUGGCGCAUUCCCGUGUGCUGUUUGAGUUGGAGACGGAGCCUGAUGCACCUGAUGAGGUAGGUGACCACCACCCCACCCAAUACACGCGUCUGCCGGCCUCCUGUGCGCAAUUCCCUCUCUAUGUCUAUAUGUGUCGAUGUGUGUGUGCAGUUCUUGGAUGCGUUGACGAGCCGCGUGAUGGGAAACCCACGGCGCCUCCCUUCAUCGAAUAUCGUAGACGAGUACGUCAGGGCAUGCAGGCCCGUGUCCAUCCAUCCAUCCAUCCCAUGCGUCAGGUCGAGCGUGCUGCGGCUGCUGGCGGAGAACAACCCAAGAGACCCCUUCAGCGGCCUGCCACUCACACCACAAGACAUCGGCUCAGGUGACUGUCACGAUCCCAUCCACACGCUCAGUUGACCUGAUCUGACGGCACGGCGUCUGUCUGUCUGUCUUUCUUUGGUUGUGUGUUUGUGCAGUCCCUGAGCUGGAAGACCGUCUGGCCGCCUGGCGAGCGGCAGGCUGCCCCCCACCGGCCACAUCACCCGACACCAACCAGGAGUGGCAGCCAUCCCCAUCCCCAUCCACAGACACCAACCACGAUCAGCAUCACAGCAGCAGCAGUAGCAGUGGUCAGUUCAACCUCAUUCUCAUGUGUGGUGAGCAGCGCCACCGCCUUAGUCUCGAGGAUGGGGUGCAGACGACCCUGGAGGUGCUGGCGUCGCGUGUGCGGAGUGCAGUUGGGGUGUCGGGCGGUGGUGGGAUGCGGCUGAUACGACAUGGGAUGGAGCUGCCCGUAGGCCGGCAGCCGAUGCAGCCUCUAUCGACGUGGGGCGUCGCGAGCGGCGACACCAUACAAGUGAUGUUGGUUUAG